AUGAGUGGCACAGACUAUGAUCCAGAUGAAAAUGACACAUUCCGUAUUAAUGAAAGUGUCAUAGAGCCUAAGCUGUUUGGUCCUGCUAUCCAAGGCAUUACUGAUUGCACACUGGCAGCUAUUGAAAAAAUCGACAACUGCCCUAACACAUUUUACCUGGUUGGUGCUUUUGGAGGGUGCAAGUAUGUUCAUGAAAAGGUCAGUGCUGCUAUAGAAAGUCACUAUCAGUCUAAAGGUCACAAAGACACAUGCUCUGUACUGAUACCUCCCACUCCUCACUUAGCUGUUGCUACUGGAGCUGCUAUGUGGCGUAAGAAUCCUGAGAAAUUCAAAGCAAGACGAGUUGAUGCCACUUAUGGAAUAGGAGUUACAAUUACAUUUGAUCCUGAAAAACACAAUGAAGUUUAUAAGUAUUACAAUGAAGACCGUAAAGAAGACCGGUGUGAUUAUGUAUUCAAAGUAUUUCUAGAAAAAGGAGAACUAGCUAAAGCUAAUGAGGUCAUUACUACAACCUUAGCUCCAAAUUAUAAGGCUGAUACUACAGUGAGCAUUAGCAUCUAUUCAACACCUGACCUUGGAAUUCAGUACUACGCAAAUGAGAAGAAGAAAGUAAUUCUUCCUGUUAUUGGUAAACUUGUCAUAGAUAUUCCUAAUCCAGACAACUUGCCAAUUAGUAAACGUAUAGUUGAUGUCACACUGGAUUUCAGUGGCACAGAGAUACAUGCAAAAGCUUACUACCAAGUGACUCGCAAAGAAGUUAACACUGUCUGUGACUUCCUUUCAACAUAA